AAUUCAUCUGGCAAGCUAUGGCCACUACGCACUUUCAGCCUCUCCUGGUAGCCUCUGAGCAAAGGAAGUGUAUUUGGGGGCGCCUGCUUCUGAUUUUGGGGUGCAUGCUGUGGCUGUCUCUAGCCCCUCCAAGAUGUGCUUCCUUCAACUUGGACACUAAAUUCGUGGUUCUCAAGAAAGGCAAAACUCCUGACAGUUACUUCGGGUUCUCAGUAGCUCUGCACCAUCAAUUCCAUCCUGAAAGAUACCUGAUGCUUGCUGGAGCUCCCCGUGAUGUGGCUGUCAAAAUGGAUAAUAAAACACGGACAGGUGCUAUGUAUGCUUGUCCUUUGACUGCAGAUCCCAGUGAUUGUACACAGGUGGACUUUCAGGUGAAAAGUGAUCUGCAAACUAAUAUUGUUGAAGACAUGUGGCUGGGGGUGGUGGUAGCAAGCCAACGUAAGCCUUAUGGGCGAAUAAUGGCUUGUGCUCACCGGUACACUCGGAUUUUUGGCAGUGAACAUCAGAGACGCAUGGUAGGGACAUGCUAUAUCCAUAGCAAUGACUUGCGCCAUCAGGUGAAUGAUUCGUGGCAAACUUAUAAUGAGAUGUGUGCUGCCAACUCAGACUUGGAGAAUACAGGCAUGUGCCAAAUGGGCAUCAGUGGUGGCUUCACAGACAACUUCGUCUAUUUUGGAGCUCCAGGAGCUUACCAUUGGCAAGGAACCACUUAUGUGAGCUACCCAGGAAUUUGGGACCAAGUGGAAUUAUCCUAUCUAGAUCAGAAAACUAGACACAUUUACCUGGGAUAUGCCACAGAAGCAAGCACCAAUGUACUGCACAAAGAAGAGUUCUCUUUUAUUAUUGGGGCCCCCCGCUAUAAUCACACUGGAGCCGUCUUUGUGAUGGCAAGUGAUGGUCACAAAACUCUUCAGAAGAGACUGCUGCUCUUUGGGAAGCAAGUGGGUUCUUAUUUUGGCAGCUCCAUUGCUGUGGCUGACCUCAACAGUGAUGGGUGGCAGGACUUAAUCAUUGGAGCACCACACUACUUUGACCCGAAGGAGGAGAAGGGUGGGUCUGUCUAUGUCUACAUGAACCUUGGGGGAGCAUUUUCCAGCCAUCCCAACCUCACACUGACUGGACCCAGUGGUUCUUCCUUUGGUUUCUCUGUGGCUCACAUUGGCGACAUUAACAAAGAUGAUUUCCAAGAUAUUGCUAUUGGGGCACCCUAUGAAGGUUCCGGGAAAAUAUACAUCUACCAGAGUGGUGUAGGUGGCCUUCCUAAUAAGCCACAGCAGAUCAUUAGUGGGGAAGAUUUUAAUCCUGUCAUCAAGACCUUUGGUUACUCCUUCAGUGGUGGAAUGGAUGUGGAUGGAAAUUCCUAUCCUGAUCUCCUGGUGGGAACUCUCUCAGAAAAUAUCUUGCUGCUCAGAGCCCGUCCUGUGAUCAAUAUCCUAAACAAGACUUUUACUGUUACUCCAAGCCCUCUGGACCCAAGUAAAUGUACUCAAAACUCUUGCAUGAAGGUAGAGGUCUGCUUCUCCUAUUCCCAAAGUGCUGGAGACCCCAAAUACAAGGAAACUAUCAAGCUGGAUUACACUGUGGAAGCUGACAGGGGCCGCCGGCCACCCCGGGUAUAUUUUGCUGAGACCAACUCUGCAGUCUACAAGGGACAAUUUUCCAUGCCAAGCAAGUGCCAAAACCUGAAAGUCCUCCUACAGGAUGGAGUACGAGACAAACUGCACCCCAUUGCGUUCUCUAUGAAGUACUCUCUUUCAGAGAAGCCUAGACGAUUCCAGUUGGGAUUGCGCUCUCUUAAUGCAUUUCCUAUUUUGAAUGAGGAUCAGCCUCGUGAAAACCACACUGAGAUUCAGUUUCAGAAGGAGUGUGGAACUGACAGCCAAUGCAAUAGCAACUUGCAGAUUCAGGCACUCUUUCUAAAUGAAAAGAACCAAAAGUUGCCCAGACAAGAUGGUGUGCAGGUGUUACAGUACAGCUCGGAAGUCAAGAAACUGAAUUUGAGCAUCAAAGUUACUAAUAAACCAACAUCACCUAUCAAUGGAGAAGAUGCUCAUGAGGCCCUCCUCAAUAUCACUUUCCCACCCUCUCUGCUGCCUUCUUCAGUUCGGCCGAGUGGGGCCUGCACUGUUAAGGAGACAGUGAUAUGUGAAAUGGGCAAUCCCUUCAAAAGGAACCAGCAGGCAGAACUGAUUAUCACAUUUGAAAUUAGUGGAAUUACCUUAUUUACCCAGAAUAUCACAGUCCAGAUUCAACCUUCCACGAUAAGCUAUCAGGAAGAUCUCCAACUAGUGACAGCAGCUUUGUUAGUGGACUACACAGUUGAUGCAUCACUAAGCAUAAUCAACCGGUGGCUUCAGUCAUACUUUAGUGGGAAAGUCAUAGGAGAAUCAGCCAUGAAGCAUGAAGAAGAUGUUGGCAGUCCCAUUGAGCUGGACUUCCAGGUGAUUACGAAGACUAAGUCUUUAGCUUCUCUUGGAACAAUCAUAUUAGGCUUUGAAUGGCCUUAUGAAGCCAGCAAUGGAAAGUGGCUGCUCUACCCCACUGAAAUCUUGAUAAAAGGGAAUGAAGACUGGUAUUGUGAACCAUCUGAACAGGUCAUCAACCCCCUCAAGCUCAUCGUGAAUCACAGCACUUCCCCAGCCCGGAGAAAGCGUGAGUUGCAGGCAUCUCCAAACGCUGAGAUUCCCAUCACCUUAGCGUCUUCAAAGAAAGCCAGAUCAGAAACAGCACUGAGUUGUUUCAAAGGAACUUCUCGCUGCAUCUGGUUUGAAUGCCCCCUUUGGAAUAUCGGAGCAGUUACAAACGUGAAGGUCCGAGCAAGAGUUUGGAACAGUACUUUCAUUGAGGAUUACAAUGACUUUGAUCGUGUCAAAGUAGAUGGACAAGUGACUCUCUUUCUCAGGACAAACUCCUCUACAAUCAACAUGAAAAAUCAAACAGUGUUGUUUACUGUAGACAUCGACUCGGAACUCAGUGAAGAGCAGCAAACCGAGAUUGAGCUGUGGGUGGUGCUAGUUGCUGUUGCUGCAGGACUUCUGCUCUUGGGUUGUAUCAUCUUACUGCUGUGGAAGUGUGGCUUCUUCCGGAGGGCAAGCACACGAGCCUUGUAUGAAGCCAAGGGCCAGAAAGCCAUGAUGAAGAUCCAGCCUUCUGAAACUAAACGGCUGACCGACAGCUACUAG